AAAUUAUUUCACAAUAAAAAAAAUACAAAGUGUGUGACACAAGUGUGUGUGCAUUAAUCCAAUGACUUGUUUUGAGAUAAACUAUCGCUUUUAAUGAUAGCAUACAAAGUCUCCUCAAAUCAUACAUUGACUGAUAUUUCCAGAGAUCAGUCAACAAAUAGUUGUUUAAUUGAUAAAUCAAAAUGAAAAUUAUUGUAUUGAUCGGUAUUUUGGCUAUAAUUCACAAUUCAGUGGCCAUUUUUCGCCGAAACUUAUUUCCAUCGCAUUCUGCGGCUAAUGUCCGUAAUGUCGGUGAUGUCGGGGAACCGCUAUUUCUUACCCCAUAUAUAGAGAGCGGACGCAUAGAUGAGGGCCAGAAGUUGAGCCAAAUUGUCGGUCUGUCGAGCGCUCCCAAUAUAACACAAUAUUCUGGAUUCUUGACCGUCAAUAAGAAGUAUAACAGCAAUAUAUUCUUCUGGUAUUUUCCGGCACUCAAUAAAGACAAAAAGGCGCCGCUAUUGCUAUGGCUUCAGGGAGGACCGGGAGGUACAUCACUGUUUGGUUUGUUCAAUGAGCAUGGUCCAUUUGUGCUUAACAAGGAUCUAAAGGCAACUCUUCGUGAAUACUCUUGGAAUCAGGAGUUCUCUGUCGUAUACAUUGAUAAUCCGGUCGGAACUGGAUUUAGCUUCACUGACAACGACGUCGGUUAUGCUAAGGAUGAGACAGACGUGGCUCGCGAUCUAUACGAAGCUAUCCAACAGUUUCUCACUUUAUUCCCAAAUGAAAGACUAAAUGAUUUCUAUAUAACCGGAGAGUCAUAUGCGGGUAAAUACGUGCCGGCGAUCGCCUAUAAGAUCCACUCUGAAGGCAACGCGUCUAACAUACAGUUGAAAGGGAUUGCCAUC